AUGCCCGAGCCUCUGCCCCCCACCCAGCUGUACACCUCGGAGCGGGUGGUGGUGCUGCUCUCCUGCGUGCUUUCCUUCCUGGGCUCCAGCCUCCUGGUCUGCACCCAUGCCCUGUGGCCGGAGCUGCGGACCCGUCCCCGCCAGCUCCUGCUCUACCUGUCGCUGGCCGAUCUCCUCUCUGCCCUCUCCUACUUCUACGGGGUGCUGCAGGACUUCGACAGGACCUCCUGGGACUGCGUGCUGCAGGGCGCCCUGUCCACCUUCUCCAACACCAGCUCCUUCUUCUGGACCAUGGCCAUUUCGGUUUACCUCUAUCUCACCAUUGUGAGGGGCUGGGGUGGGUGCUCCGGUCACCUGCUCUUUUCUUAAGGAUGCUGUUAUCACUUAGUUGGCUGGGGAGUCCCCCUGGGCAUCACGGUGGCUGCUGUUGCUCUAAAGAAGAUUGGCUAUGAUGCCUCCAAUGUUUCUGUGGGCUGGUGUUGGGUCAACUUGGAUGCAGAAGACCGGGUCUUGUGGAUGUUGAUAACAGGGAAGGUCUGGGAGAUGCUGGCCUACGUGAUUUUGCCAGUCCUCUAUAUCCUCAUCAAGAAGCACAUCAAUAGAGCACAUGCAGCUCUCUCCGAGUAUCGCCCCAUUCUCUCAAGACCACCUGCAUUUCAGCCCCGGACUUCCAUAGCAGACAAGAAGUUGAUUCUCAUCCCUGUCAUCUUCAUCAUCCUCCGCAUCUGGAGCACCGUGCGAUUCAUUCUGACCCUCUGUAACUCCCCUGCAGUGCAGAAUUCAGUCCUGGUUGUCCUGCAUGGAAUUGGUAACACGUUCCAAGGAGGUGCCAACUGUAUCAUGUUUGUGCUGUGCACACGGGCGGUCCGGGCUCGGCUGUUCUCCUCCAUCUGCUGUUGCCACUACGAUGAGUUGGAUUGGCCUUGGAGAAGAUCAAACAGCUCCUCGCAGCACCCAGAGCCCCACAAGGACAUGCCAGGCCCUGAGCAGACAAAACCCCUGCUUCCCACUACCUGA